UUAUCACUAGUCAAUGGUAAAGAAAUUUUUAGGAUAUUGACAAAUCUGAAAAUCUAUUAUUAUUCCGAAACUAUCCAAGAACCAUACUUUCUUUUUUUCGUAGAAUUCAAUUUUAUUUCAGGAUUUUUUUAAAAGGUUUUUUUUGGAAAGGGUGCUUUUUUUUGAAAGGCUGUUUUUUUUCGGGUGUUAAUUGCUUAUCGAAAUUAUGGGUCGAAAGAAAAAGCGUGCCGCGAAACCCUGGUGUUGGUACUGCAAUCGCGAAUUCGAAGAUGAAAAGAUUUUAAUUCAGCACCAAAAAGCAAAGCAUUUUAAAUGUCAUAUUUGUCACAAGAAGCUUUUCACAGGACCCGGAUUAGCCAUCCAUUGCAUGCAGGUGCACAAAGAAACGAUAGAUAAGAUACCCGCUGCUUUACCCGGUAAAGAUUCAGUUGAAGUAGAAGUUUAUGGCAUGGAAGGUAUUCCUGAUGAUGCUCAAGAGGAAAGUACAAAGAAGGAGUCGAAGAAUACAGCUGCUCCGGUACCUCCUCUAAUAGCUCCAUUUCCAAUGCUACCUCCAGGUAUACCACCUAUGAUUCCCGGUUUUCCGCCUCUUCCACCUUCAGGAAUGCCACCGUUUGGGCCGCCGUUUAUGCCAGGAGUGCCGGCGCCACCAAGAGCUCUUCCGCCACUUCCGGUAGUACCUCCAGGUAGUGCUCAACCUGCACUCACAAGCAUGAACUUACCCCCUCGGGUACCGCUACCAAAUGGUCCGAUGGGAGUACCCGGAAUUCCUGGUCCAGGAACAAUCAAUGCACAGUCUACACCUGUUGUACCAGCAGCUUUCCCAGCCUAUAGUGAUCCUUCUUCUAGUAAGACCACAGAACCGGAACGGAUCCGGGAAAUACCUAAUCAAAUCCAAAGAUUGGGGGCAAAAAUACACAUCAUGCAUCCUGAUGAAGAUAUAUCAUUGGAGGAGCGGUUGGCAAUCAGUAAAGGAUUCAUCUAAUUGACAGUGGAUUCAAAUUUUUCAUGAGUGGAAUCCUGUUUCCUGUCAUUAUCGUCGUCAAAAUUUGUUAUCCGUAUGCAGAAGAAAAAAGUGAGGAUUAAUGCUAUUGAUUGCGCUUUACCAAAAAGCUAAGCUGAAAACGAUUAGCGCUGGAAUUGUGAUUGAUCGACUACAUUGCAUUAUUUUUCCAUCCCCUUGUUUUUUUUUCUUUUUCUUUAUGUAAUUGUAUUGUAUGCUGAUAUCGAUUGUCGGUAAGUUUUAUUCUCUUUUAUUAGACAACAAAGUUUUCGUUAUUUGGAUUUUGUUGUUUGACACACACGCAGCAC